AUGAGCUGGAUUUACUAUGCAUUUAGAGGCCAUGAGGUGUACCAAACACCGUUCAAGGAGGGGACUAAGGAGGCCCAGGUUUCAGAUUGCAAUCUCCAGCUCCCAAACAUGGCAGAAGAUGAUUUCUCUGUGAUGAAGAACUGGGUUUCAAGGAAUUAUUACCCUGCAAGUCAUGCAUUGGACAAUGGGGUUGAAUCUGGGUCUCCAUGGAGGGAAAGAAAAGAGGGUCUGAGAAGCUUGAUCAGAAGCAGGUUGUCCAUAGGAAGUCCAUUGAUACAUUUGGACAGAGGACUUCACAGUAUAGAGGUGUCACAAGGGGGUUAUGAUAUGGAAGCAAAGGCUGCAAGAGCUUAUGAUUUAGCUGCACUCAAGUAUUGGGGCCCUUCGACCCAUAUCAAUUUUCCGCUGGAAAACUAUCAACAAGAACUUGAACAUAUGAAGAACAUGACCAGACAAGAAUAUGUUGCUCACUUAAGAAGAAAAAGCAGUGGCUUCUCAAGGGGUGCUUCAAUGUACAGAGGAGUCACAAGACAUCAUCAACAUGGACGCUGGCAAGCUCGGAUAGGCAGAGUUGCAGGAAACAAGGACCUUUAUCUAGGGACAUUCAGCACCCAAGAGGAAGCUGCUGAGGCCUAUGACAUAGCAGCAAUAAAAUUUCACGGGGUUAGUGCUGUCACUAACUUUGACUUAAUGGGUAUUGUGUAUUCAUUUUGUAUUUUGUAGUUUCUGUCAAUGAAGUUAGCUUCUGUGAAUCCAAGGUUGGAAUUUAACAUGGAUAGUCUCUUGUCAAAAGAUGUGAGUAUAGAAACUUGUAAAAUCAAUUUCUUUUAUCUA